AUGUCAGCCCCCAGGAGGACCAACCGCUACAGCUGGCUCUUCCCUCGAGCCAAGAAGACCACCAAAAUGGACAACGAGCAAGCCACCUUCUGGCUGAGCCAGUUCAUCGGGAAGAACUUGCGCAUACACGCCAGUGAUGGGCGAGUAUUCGGAGGCCAGAUGAAAUGCACAGACAAAGAUCGUAAUGUCAUUCUUGCACUCGCACACGAGUACCGUGCGCCAUCAGCCGAGACGAUUCGCAAGGCUGUAGAAGAGUCGGGAAAUCCAUCUGCAUCUGUCGCUUGGAACAGCCGCUACGUCGGACUCAUCGUUGUGCCUGGGCAGCAUAUCACGAAGAUCGAGUUUGAGGAGAGUACGUUUGCGGGCCAGAAGAGCACGGUGACGCUUUGA